UCCAGACCCUGUGCUCUUUUUCCUCCCUCAAUUUUUCCCCCUACGCUCCAGUCAUUCCUUGCCUCCGUCCUGUUGCUGCUGCCAUUAUCGCAUUUAUCCUCCAUUGUGAUCAGUUUCUCACGGUUCAGCGUGCCGGUGUUGUCCUCUUCCAUCCCUGGUUGCUCAGUACGACUUCUGCCGCACAAACAAACAGAGUCGCAAACGGCGGAGACAAGACUCAGGUAGCACGAAACAUCCUCCACGCUGUAGGAUAUAAAGACACGCUUCUCCGUCCCUUCCAACCUCCGUUCGGAUUCAACACGCAACGACGAAGCAUACAUGAAGGCCGCAGUUCAGGUUUCCUGCUUUGUUCACCGCCCCUCGAGCCAUGGCGGAGUGCGAUAUCCCUCAACUACCCCGUCGUUCCUCGUCUCGGACCUCCUCCUCUUCCCGGCACAGUCAGAGGGCUAAGACCAUCCGUGCCCGCUCCCAGAAACGUCAUUCGGCCUCCUCCAAUGCCACCACCACCGAUCUCACCUCCUUCCCCUCGCUCUCUCCGGACCGUGCCCCCGACGGCUUCAUAGGCCAACCGGCCCUGAAUCGUGCGCUGACGAACGCCCUAUUGGAAGGCGAAGGUGGUGAUAGUAUGGGCGAUGUUACUAGGGAUCGGAGGGCUACCCUGGCUAAGCUGACCGGGGGCUCUACGCCGAGCCCUGGUCGUGCGGCUUUGUUUGGAGAUUCGGUGCCGAUUCGUGAUUUUCCAGGGGCCCUACAUCUGGCGGAUGAUUCUCAUAUUGAGCGCCUGGUUGCGAGUACUGGUGCAGUCAAACUCGUGAGACAGUUUGCCCGGGAUUUAGCCCAGCGUGACGCGGAGAUCUCGGCGCUGCGGCAGCGGGCUGACGCGAGGGAGAGAGAGCUGAAGAGGAUGCUGAGGGAGGUUUCUGUCUCGAACCAGGACAUUGAGCGUCGACUGUACCAGCUGGAGAAUGCGCCACUGAGCGAUGAGCCAAGUCAGGAUGCUGGGGGUAAUGCAGAGCAGCCGGGGAGUUCUUCCUCCAGUAUGCACGGCCUGAUGCAGCAGGCGAUGAUUGAUGGGCUUGGAUCUCGUACUCGUGAGGAUGGGGCCGGGACAGUUAAUCAUGUACAAGCUACUGUUCGAGGCCCUCAGCGUCUCGAUAGUGAUGCGCGCUCUGGUACUUCUAGCGUUGAUUCGGGAACGAAUCGGAAGAGGCACAGCUCUAUCCGAAGCUGGCAGGAUUUCAUCUUCGGUAACGCUACGGGUAGCCGGAAAACGAGCCGGGCGAGCAGCCUCAUGGGUGAGGUCGAAGAAGAAGAAACCCAGCGUCAGCGGAAUCUCGGCAACCCUUCCACUCGCCGGAAGGCGCUAGACGAUCAAUUAUUCCUACCCCCAGAAGGACCAAAUGGCCCGAGUGCGGGUGAAAUCGCCGGAAAACGUCUCGGUGCCUCUGCCGGCGACGACGAUGCCAGCACCCAUUCCCGCAAAUCAUCCAAGUCGCUAUCCUCAUGGACGGUCAAGUUGUUUGCCGGGAACGCGCAGUCGACCAAGGAUGAAACCAGCAGCGAUGACACACGUGGCAGAGCAUCUUCCGCUAAUAGAAGCACUAGCAAAGGGGUUUCUCCCGCGCUCCCCUCUAAUGCUCGAGGGGCUGUUUCGGCCGUGGCGGCUUUAACGCGAAUCAAUAGCAAUACUAGCAUCCACAGUGCUUCGGGGCGGACCAAUGGACCAGGCGGCAUGGCCAAGUCCGGUCAAAUCAGCCGUAGGCAAGCAUCGGCGAGUGUCUCGCAAGGAGCGAACUCGGAGUCUACGGUCAAAAACGCGACCAACCUGGGGCCUGUUGAGAUGGAUGCCAUCCUACCCCUCGAAUCGAGACCCCCUACACUUUUAAACAUGUACAACAACUACCAGCCGGGCGAGCUGCUGACCGACCGGUUCGGAUUUAUUUACGACCAGCGUCGAAAGAGGAGACAAAGGGAGGCAAACGCUUUCAAGACGCCCGGAGGCAGCAACCGGCUCAGUAUCGCGGAGACCCUUAGUAGCUUACGGAGCGAAGCUUCCGAUGGCGAUGAUGCCUCUAACUCCUUAAGGCAAUUGCAGUCUGCCGCCGACUCUCAGUCUUCGCCUGCAUCGGCGUCUCCGGAGAACCCAGAGGCUGGGACGGUUGCACUUCGGAGAUGGCAGGAUUAUUUGAGGGUGCCCACUGGACCGACGGAAUUGCUGUCGCACACGCCGUCGGCUGGUCCCAUUGUGUCCCUCACCACGGCCGGCGAUAAUUCACCUCGUAAUUCUGCCGUGGCGGUUGACAAACGUGGCUCGGUUUCCGUCAACCCCAAUGCUCAACCAUCGGCGUCCACAUCGACGGUGGUUGCAGAUCGGCCGGAGUUUUCUGGCAUAUCCUCCGAGGAGCCAGCCACAUUGAGCCUGGCCGCCAACGAAAACGAGCCCGUUAGAUUGCUACUCGAGCAACUGACCGAGUUACACGACUUUCUCCAACGGGAACGGACUGUGCGAUGGAACGAAUUUCUGCGCAAAGUGCGUGCCGAACGCCGGAAAGAUGGCGAAGCCGCAGCUGCGGCUGCGGCCGCCUCAGAUCGUCCGCUGCAGGCCGUGGAUAUGCCUGAGGCAUCGUUGGCUGAUGGCGAAGUGGUGGGGAUCUCUGGCUUAGGCAACAAGGGCAAAGUCGGCCGGGCCAAAUGGCGCGAGUUUCGGACUCUCGUGCUCGGUGGCAUCCCCGUUGCUCUUCGGGCCAAGGUCUGGUCCGAAUGCAGUGGCGCCUCUUCGAUGCGAGUGCCCGGUUACUACGAGGAUCUGGUCAAGGGCACCGGUGGCUGCGAACCCGACCCGUCGGUUGUGGCACAAAUCGACAUGGACAUCAACCGGACUCUUACCGACAAUGUGUUCUUCCGCCGGGGCCCAGGCGUAACCAAGCUUAAGGAGGUGCUGCUUGCCUACUCCCGUCGCAACCCGGAGGUGGGCUACUGCCAGGGGAUGAACCUCAUUGCGGCGUCUCUGCUUCUCAUCACGCCGACCGCAGAAGAUGCCUUCUGGCUUCUCACGUCCAUGAUCGAGGUCAUCCUGCCUGAGCAUUACUACGACCAUGGCUUGCUCGCCUCCCGCGCCGACCAGGUGGUCCUGCGCCAGUACAUCGCCCAAGUGCUGCCCAAGCUCUCCGCCCACCUCGAGAGUCUCGGCGUUGAGCUCGAAGCCCUAACUUUUCAAUGGUUCCUCUCCGUCUUCACCGACUGUCUUUCCGCGGAAGCCCUGUACCGCGUCUGGGACGUAGUCCUCUGUCUCAACGUAACCAGCGCGGGCAACAACCCUCCCGCGGCCGGCACCAGCAAUGGCACCUCGUCCACCACGACCGACUCCAGUGAUGCGGAUCCCAGCGUCAGCGGCAACGGGGGCGGUAGCACCUUCCUCUUCCAAGUGGCUCUGGCCCUUCUCAAACUGAACGAACAACAAUUGCUCACCACCUGCACCACCCCCGCCGAACUCUACACCUACAUCAACCACCAGAUGACCAACCACGCCAUCAGCAUCGACGGCCUCAUCCAGGCCAGUGAAGCCCUCCGGAACGUCAUCCGACGCGAAGAUGUGGUCGCUCGUCGUGCCGAAGCCCUCCGCGAGAUGCAAGAAUUCUCCCAAGGCCGUCCAACUUCAUCAGGUGACCCUUAGGCCUCCCCACCUCUAUCCUUUCUCAACUGUAUUGUCCAAUCUUACUUUAUAACGUUGCUAAAAGAGAAAAGAGAGAAAAAGCGUGACCUCGAUUCUAUUCACCAUCUGAUUUCAUUUCAGGAUCAUCAUCAUCCUUGU